UCUGCCGCUGUUUGUUGUUACUUCCAGGUCCCCAUGCCCCCUCCCACGUAAUUAGUCCUUUGAAGCUGGUUUCGUUAUUCUUGUUUGCGAUAACUUAUAUCUCAUGGUCAGUGCUUAAGUUAGCUUUGUUUCUUUUUUUAUGUGCGGUGAUUUUGAGCAAGAGUAGCAGAAUUUAGGCAUUGCACAGCACAUCUAGGUCGUGAUUAUAUCCGCGUUUCGCAGAGGAAGACGCUGGAGUUGCAGUAGAGCUGUGAGGGAUGGAGAAUGAAGAUGAGUUAGUGGAGGAGUUCUGUGGAGUGACCACAUCCACACCAGAGCAUGCAAAAUUCUUUUUGGAAAGCACUGAGUGGCUGCUUGAGCCUGCCUUGCAGCUUUACUUUGAGUCAGACCAUGGGGAGCAAGGUCGGGAAACCUCCAUUAACUUCGCCGACUACGAUUUGACAGAAGAUGAGAAUUGGAGCAUUCCCGAACCUGAAAUGCUUGCCCCAGACAAUCUCUUGCAGGGAAGCAUCUUAUCCAAUACAUGGAAUCCAGUAAACCCUGCCCUGACUACAGCAGUAGUUCGGAGCCCUCGUCAACCGAUCGAGUCUUUCAGGAAGGGCCAAACCAGACCAAGGGGCAAAGAAGAAGGAAAUGACAAGAGAGGCGUUACGUCACGAGACGACAUUACUGCUCGUGAAGGAUUGGGAAAAUCGAGUGGUACUGUCACUGGCUCUGACGAUCAAGGAUAUACUGGUAGCGAGAGGAGUUGCAUGGUUGUGCAAGAUCCUAACAAGAAACAUGAUCAUGGGGACAUGCAAGUCAUUUAUGAACGGAUUCGCAAAUAGGGAGAGCAAGAAGGUGAAGUUGCCGAGCCCCAUCGGGCAGAUGCUUCAGCAAGAAAGAGUUCCUAUACGAGCCCUUCCUGUGGUCAUCCAGGAAAGAGUCGACGACUGCAGGGGCCUUCCCAUCAACCCGUUGCCCGAGGCUCUCCUCCAGAUCGCAUCGUUCGCGACAUCUACUUUCGAAAUGGAAGCUUUCCUGUGCGAGGCAACCUUGGGAAAAAAUCAGCUGAAGAGUGGCAGGUAAGUGAAGGUCGCCUUCAAUGAAAAUUCUAAGAUAAUAUUGACUCACAGCUACAGCGUGUGUCUACUAAGUGGGGUUGUGUAUAUCAUUAUAAUGAAAAUCAUCAUCAAUACUCAGCGGUAUAUUAUUCGCAAUUUAAACUUUUGGGAUCCAAUUCUUGACAAUGUUUCCUGUUGCAUGCACCACCCGAACACGAGCGUUCUGUUCAAGGAGCCUGGACACACACGUGAAACCUCUAAAGCCGCUGCAAAUGAUGCUCUCACAACAAAUGCAGCCGAUCCACAACUGCCUUCACACGGUUUGAUUGUUGAUGAGGCCAAGCCAGCAACCUCCGUGCAGCUAAGACUUUUGGAUGGGACCCGACUGGUGGCUCGCUUCAAUAUCGACCAUACUGUUGCUGUCAUUCGGGAGUUCAUUGACCUUGCUCGGCUUGGAAGCUCCGGAGUCUAUCAGUUGCAGACAGUGGGGUUUCCUCCCGUGAAGCUCACCAAUCCUGCCCAAACAGUCCAAGCGGCAGCCCACAUUUCAACAGAUCCUGGGAUUUAUAUGUGAGCAUCAAAAUACAGUUGGAUUAUGAUACAAAAAACAGUGCAUGUUCUUUCCCUUAUAACUUACAAAACGUCACAAAAACGGCGUCGAAUUGAACGUUCCAUGCA